CUCUCUCUCUCUCUCUCUCUCAAUCUCCCGCCCCCCUCUUCUCUAUCUCUCUCAAUCUCAUCCGCCUCAUUGGGCUCAACGUCAAAAACCUCAAGGAAUUUGUCGCCAUGGACCAGACCGAUUUUGCACGCCUUGUUGACUCAAUGGUCGAGUUCAUCAAGGCCAAGACCAAGCUCUCCAUGGGCUUCAUCGAGCACCCGCUGAUCGUGUCCAGGAACCAGUUACUCUUCCUCGCCGCCCUUUUUGUAAUAUCGAUUCCGUUCAUGAUCAAGAAGGUGAUUGCCGGGGAAACCCUUCUCCACAAUUUGAAAGUUUGGCUGGCAUUCGCCAUCUUUAUCUACUUCUUCAGCAUCUCAGGGGCAAUGCAUAACAUAAUCCGGAAGAUGCCCCUAUUUAUGAUGGACCGGAAUGAUCUGUCGAAAACAAUUUUCUUCUAUCAAGGGUCGGGGAUGCAGCUUGGAGCAGAGGGAUUUGCAGUUGGGUUCUUGUAUACGGUGGUGGGGUUGUUGUUGGGGUUUGUGACGCAUUUCCUGGUGUGGGUCCAGAAUGGGACUAUCCAGCGGGCAUUCAUGUUUGUGGCAAUCUUGGUUUCAUUCUAGGCAGUGAAGAAGGUGCUGUAUUUGGAUAAUUGGAAGACAGGUUAUGGGAUCCAUGGGUUCUGGCCAUCUAGCUGGAAAUGAAAGUAGGCUGCAUUUGGAUGCAUAUCUUAAAAUUUUUGAGUAAGGAUUUUCUGGGUCGAAGUGGAUUCAGUAGUUUUAUUAUGAAUUUUGUUGGAUGGAAUGAUUUUGACCUUUUGAUUAUUAUGUUUUGAUGAUA